AGAGAAAGAGAGAGAGAGUGAGAGAGAGGGACAAAGUUGAGACUGGAUCGAAAAUAUAGCAAGGUAGCUUGCGAUGGAUAGUGAAUUGUAUAAUGCUGCAAUUAAAGGAUUAAGCAACCGCAAUCUGUUUGGUAAUGUGGACAACAUCAGAUCACGCGGCCAAAACAACACUAUUCUUCAUAUAGCAGCUAAAUCUGGGAAGCUAAGGCGACUUAGAGAAGAUGACAAUCUGUUGCCUUUUCUUUACGAUCAAAACAAUGAAGGAAACACUCCACUUCACACUGCAGCAAAGUCAGGGCAUCUGGAAACUGUAAGAAUUCUAGUGGAAAUGACAAGAAAGACAGAUGUUGAGCAAAACAAGAGGCUAUUGACCAUGAAGAACAAUGAGAAAGAUACAGCGCUCCAUGAAGCUGUUCGCCAUAAUCACUUGGAAGUUGUUAAGUUACUAAUUAAAGAAGACCCUGAUUUGGCGUCCAUAGUAAAUGGUGAAGGAGACUCUCCUCUUUUCAUGGCGGCGGAUAGAUGCUUUCACCAAGUUGCCAGCCAUAUUCUGGACAAUGCUCCAAACUGCUCUUAUCAAGGAAGGAACGGCAUGAACAUCUUGCACGUAGCCGCCAUUCGCUCCAAAAGACGUCCUGUGCCUUUAACUUGGGAAGAGUGUAAAUCACUAGGUGAUGCUAGGGUUAAGCUCACUUAUUUACUGCCAAGAACUAUCUCACGUAUACUUUUUUGCUCAGGUAGACUUGACAUCGCAAAGACAGGUAAAAGCAUUCUUUUCCUUCAAGACAUAAAUUCUCGUUAUAUUUAUAGUUCUCCUCCAUUGCUAAAACAUUUAGUUGGAUCUCUCUAUCUUUUUUUUAUUUUUUAUUUUUGGCUUGGAUGCAUCUUGUUGUUUAUAUAUAGAUACAUAUGUAGAGUAGUUUUAUGAUACGGAUCACAUCUA